UUCGACCUCGGCGGUCGGCUUGUUGAUAACUGUCGCUAGCACUGUCCGUGUUUUUCAGUGCUUUUGCUUCAAAUGAGUCAGGGCAGCGUUUAUCGUGUGCGUAGAGAACGAGAAAUAAAGGAUUUUGUUCAAUUUAAUUAAUCUGGUAAUCAUAAGGCAAGUGCUUCCAACCAAAUUUGAUAUGGGUGAUCGGUUAUCAUUUUUAAUUGGCAUUAAUAACUUUGACCAAACUUUCCGGGAAUCAGUGAAGUCAGUGGGCGGUAAGCCGUGUUUUAUCUUUUAAUUUCGUGAAUUUUGAGCUCCGUGCGGGGAUACCACUGCACUUGGCGUAUUUAAUUAUUUUGGAGUCAUCGGGACCGAGGUCUCCUCGAACUGUGUACUCGAUCUGUGGGAGAUGACGGAAAACGGCGUGGUGUGUCAACGGGGGAAGGUGCUAACCGCAGACACCAUGAACCCCAACGUGAAGAAGGUGGAAUACGCGGUGAGGGGUCCUAUCGUGCAGCGCGCCGUGCAGAUAGAGAACGAGCUCAAAGAGGGAGUGAAGAAGCCCUUCUCUGAGGUUAUCAGAGCCAACAUCGGUGAUGCCCAUGCCAUGGGCCAACGACCAAUCACCUUCUUUCGUCAGGUCGUGGCCCUCUGCUCCUACUCAAAGCUCUUGGAGGACGACACGUUUCCAGAAGAUGCCAAGAACAGAGCGCGCCGUAUCCUACAGGCCUGCAAUGGGGGUAGUAUUGGGGCCUACAGUGCCAGUCAGGGUAUAGAGUGCGUGCGUCAGGAUGUCGCCCGCUACAUCGAGAGAAGAGAUGGAGGCAUCACCUGCAACCCAGACAACAUCUACCUGUGCACGGGUGCCAGCGACGGGAUUGUGACGAUUCUGAAACUUUUGGUGAGCGGCGAGGGUCGGACCCGAACAGGGGUCAUGAUCCCCAUCCCCCAGUAUCCCCUCUAUUCCGCCGCUCUGGCGGAGCUCGGUGCCAUCCAGGUGAGUUACUACCUGGACGAGGAGCGCUGCUGGGCCCUGGAUGUUAGCGAGCUACGACGUGCCCUGGUGGCUGCCCAGCAGCACUGCAGCCCCCGCACACUCUGCGUCAUCAACCCUGGAAAUCCCACUGGUCAGGUCCAAAGCCGCCAAUGCAUUGAGGAUGUCAUCCGCUUCGCCGCUGAAGAGCAUCUCUUCCUGAUGGCUGAUGAGGUGUACCAGGACAAUGUGUACGCAGAGGACUGCCAGUUCCAUUCCUUCAAGAAGGUGCUCUUCGAGAUGGGGCCAGAGUACUCGAACAUCGUGGAGCUGGUCUCCUUUCAUUCCACCUCCAAAUGCUACAUGGGAGAGUGUGGUUUCCGGGGAGGUUACAUGGAGGUUAUCAACAUGGACCCGGAAGUGAAGGCACAGCUGACAAAGAUGGUUUCGGUGCGGCUAUGCCCACCCGUGCCGGGCCAGGCUCUCCUCGACCUGGUGGUGAACCCUCCCCAGCGGGAUGAGCCCUCCUACAGCACUUUCAUCGAGGAGCGAGCAGCCAACCUGCGUGAUCUGGCGAUGAAGGCCAGGCUGGCACAGGAGGCAUUCAACAGGAUACCGGGCAUCACCUGCAACCCGGUCCAGGGGGCCAUGUACUGCUUCCCCCGCAUUAGCCUGCCAGAGCGGGCAGUGGCAGAGGCCAAGGAAAUGGGCCAGGCCCCAGACAUGUUCUACUGCAUGAAGCUGCUGGAGGAGACUGGUAUCUGCCUGGUCCCAGGGAGUGGUUUUGGACAGAUGGAUGGUACCUACCACUUCAGGAUGACCAUCCUACCUCCCACAGACAAGCUGAAGAUUGUGCUUGACAAGGUGAAGGAGUUCCACCAGAGCUUCACGCAGCACUACUCCUAAUGCCCCCCUCCCAGCCCCCCACCCUUGGUUCCUUGACAACAAGAAACCUCUUGUUGAGCCAAGUUGCAGCCAUCACCAGGUGCCUUUCCGUAGCUCUCACAGUGGCUGUGGCUCAGGUCAUUACAUUUUGCGUACAUCACUAACCAUGCUUCCUGAAGUGGAAGAGCAGCAGGUUUUAGUGCUAUGCUACCCGUGGGUCUCUGUAGGCAUGACAAUUACGAAGCAGUCAAUGGACAAUGGAUUUAAUAGGGGACAGGCUGCUUGCUAAGGGCUAUUCUACAGUGUUGUACCUCAGGUGGACAAUCUGCAGUCAUGCACAGAUAUUCACUCCUUUUGAAACAGAAAGCUGUACAAACACUUAUAGAGAAUGUUUUGCGUAAUAGUUUUCAUAUUGACAGUAUAUUUUAUAUUUUAAAAGGUAGACUGGGUUACUUUUAUUAAAAGCGUUAGAAAAUAUUAGUAUGAAUCUCUAUUGGUUCCUGUCCGGAAGGAUGGAGAUGUUUGUGAACUUCAGAAUGUAGCAGUUUUUUUUUUAAAUGAAAGAUUAUCUUAAAUGUAAAUAGAAAUAAAAUUGCGAUUUUUGUUUCUCCCCUUUUACCGUUCUUAUUAGGUUGUAUUUCCCCCCUUCACCAGUACCCAGUUAGUGUUAUACCUGUAGCACCUACCUGAAGUGGCCUGUAUUUCCAGCUAAUGAUGUGAUUUAUGGCUCUGGUCAAGCAGUAAAAAUACAGGAAUUUAAUUGGUCCAACGCAGUUAGAUUUGCUGUGCCAGUUUUUGCCAAGGGCACAGGGAGGCACAUUAUUCCUUUUUGUUAUCCAUCCAUUUUCUGAAACUGCAUCUUAGGACGGGACACUAACCCAUCGCAGGGCAAACUCCAGUUAGUCUCAGUGUGUUUUUGGACUGUGAGGGAAAACCGGAGUACCUAGAGGAAACCCCACGAUGACACAGGGAGCACAUGUAAACUCCACACACAAAGAACCCUGGCAGGGACUCAAACCCAGGUCCUGGAGGUGUGAGGUGACAGUGCUAACCACUGUGCUGCCCCUAAUUUUGUUAUAAAUUAAAUUGAUUAAUUUUCAACUGCUUGAAUGAAUUUCACCCAUAACAGUUCAGAAAAAGCACUUUUACAAGUAAUUUGUACAAGGUAAGACUAUAACAAAAACUUCUGGAGUCAGACAUUUACAGUAGAAGGUCAAAGACACAAAGGCAUUGAAUUUACAAAUGUUUUUCAGCAACAGACCCAACAAUAUAUUGAUAAUAUAACAAAAAAAAAUAUUAAAUCUACAUCUCCAAGUCAUUGAUAGUUUGUUGUAGUACACUAUUGGCUUAAUCGUCUAGGUCAGCGACUCUCAACCUGUGGGUCGCGACAAGUUUUGAAAGGCAGAGUUGAAAAUGUUAGCAUUUUAAUACCAGCAAGCUCCUAUUCUGAUCCACGAUCAGAUUUCCCAGCCCCAAUCCUAGAAUUAACCUAUAUAAAUGGGUCUUGAGUCUGUAAAUGCAUAGCGUAAAACUAGUGAGAACUCAACCAAUCCAAGAAGCUGAACCACAGAUGCUUAAUUUAAAAGUAACUCGCACAUACAAUCAGAUUGUGUGAUAGCUGUUGAUUGUCGUAAAUUGCAGAGUUCACUGCAUGCUUGAUCAUAGCCGUAAUUUAAACCUAUACUUCAUAUAGGGUCAUGACUGAGCUGGCAUGGUAAAAAUUGGGUUGCGGUGCAAAAAAGGUUGAGAACCACUGGUCUAGCUAACCAUGACGUUACAGUCAUUGCGUAAGAUGCCAACAUGAGCUCCACUAGGGGGCAGCAAUGAGCUGGAGGGGGGUUAUAGAAGGUACAUUGAGAUUUGUCAAAUAUCCACAUACCCAAUCUUGCUCUCCAUGAAAAAUGCGAUUUUUGGGUCAGAGCCCAGGAUUGACUAUCAUGCAAUGACCCUAGAACAUUUGGGAUUAAGGGUAUUAGUCAAGGACCCAGUGGGAUUAUGAUUACGCUGCCAACCACAGGAUACAAUCCCAACACCUUCUGGUCAGGGCUGUAUAAACCACCAUGUUGGCCUAAAGACUGAUUCAUGUGGCCACAGAAAACAAUCAAGGACUAUGAAUUAUGAGUAGUAUCACAGAGAAAAUCGCACUAAAACUGGCCCAAUGUAAGCAAGGCAUUUCCUGUAUAAUACAAACAAAAACAUCUCCCUUACAACAAUACAAAGUGGUGCAAACCCUUCCCAAUUUAAAUUGUAAACCUGUUGGUUUGUCCCAGUUCCUUGAUUGGAGAAAACUUGUUCUUCACAUUUCUUAUUGGUCAGUGUCACCAGCAUUUACCACAAGGCAUAUGGGGGUCUGAGAUGCAGUCCAGGAUUUGUGACCUGACAUUUUGGAGGGAGAGUAACGGAAGACCAUAAGAAGGUGGCUAGUAGUUCAGAGAUAAUGUACAGUUUUAUUGUCAUGUGUUCUGAGGAACACUGAAAUUCUCGUGGCUUGGGGACGGGUGGAUGGAGGGGAAAAAAGGAUCAACAAGAGUGGAAAUAAAGGACAAAAACAUCAGUGUAGUAAAAGACAAUUCAAGACAUAAUAUAGGGCACUACGGGAUGUUAGUCACCCCAAGGUGCUUGUCAAUGGUGAACGGCAAUUCAUUUUAAAAGAGAAAUAGAGAAAGAAAACAUACUGGGGACAGAAACUUACUGCAGCACGACUUUGCAGCUGUAUGUCAGCGAUUGAUCCAGGACUCUCUGAAGGUUCUGCAAGGAGUCAUUUUCACAGCUUGUCCUGUAAGAAAAGAAAAGCAUAUCAGACAGCUUACUUUGCGGAAUGCUAGCCUUCACCCUAUUAGUUCUGAGAGGAGGUUGUUCAUGAAUUCCAGGGAUUGGUGCAAGCCGGUGUUUCUCAACCCAGUGCUCGUGGUCCCGGGACAGUUCCACGUUUUGGUUCCCUCCCAGCUCCUGGUACACCGGUACCUGGUAUUCGGGGUUCUUGAUUGUUAGGUGCGCUCAGGGCUGGGAGUGAGUGACGGUGUGGAGCUUACACAUUCGUUUGGGUGACCAGGACCACAGUCAGACCGCUCACCAGGGGGUAUUUUAACCUUUUCGCUUCAAUCCUGCCAAAAGUACUGCCAGAAGAAAAAAAAAUCAUAAGUGUUAUUUCAUUAUUGUUAGUGUUGUUUUGAAUUACAUAUCUGUGUUACAGUAACCUAUGCUAGCAGGUUUUUACCACUUUUUCAUUUAUUUAAUAAACUGCAGAUAUUUUAUUCUUAAGCACUGGAAACAACUAUAAAUGGAAAUAUAAGUGAAAUAAAACCAGUUUCCUUUAUAACAUGGAAAGAGUACGUAACAGUGCAUGUCUGACAUCCUAUUAGGUUGUGUGGUAAUCCCAGAGUCAAAUUCUAGAUUGUCCUUUAACUUUAAAUGCUAGUGACGUUACUUUGAUUAAUCAAAGAUGACAUUUCCUUGCUAAUAAAGGUACUCAAAUGGUGAACAUGCUGUAAAUUUUGUCAGCAAAGAUUAUUGAGUGUAUUUUAGUAAAUCUUGAGUAACAUGCAAAUGUAGAAAAUUUCAGUGUAUGCAAAAACUUUUGACUGGUAGUGUGGUUAUAGCUAAAAAACACAAUAUUAACAAUUGCCAUGGAACUAAAUUAAGCAGUAGUGUAUUGUGGUUCAGUAGAUAAACACUAUAGACUGGAACCUCCAUGGUUUGAGGUUUGAUUCCCACUCCUAGGUCUGUGUGUGCCGAGUUUGCAUGUUCUUCUGCUAGAAUUAAAACGCAUGCAAACGGGUGAUUUGGUAGAUCUGAAUAGCUCGUAGUGAGUGUAUAUACCCCAAGAUGGGAUCCUGUUUGGGGUGUCCCCCUGCCUUGUGCCUCCUGCAAUAGGCUCCAGGCUCACUGCCAGCCUUAUACUGGAUAAAUGCUUUUUGGAGGUGAAUGGCUACAGUUUAAUAGUAACAGUAAUGGACACAAUAGGAUGUGAUCAUAAGGGUUUCAGGCCUGAGGUGCAGGUACACAGUGUGGCUGAGAACAUUUGAGCAACAUUUCACUUGAGAGGACAGUCAGGUUUUAAAAGGCCGGCUUGCGUCAGCUUUCUGUGAUUCCCAUAGCAUCAGCAGAGCAAGGAGCAAGAAUGGUGCGAUCCUGAUUUCUCUUUUUGUGAGAAUUUUGUCUAUUAAGCCCUCAGUUGCAGACAGUGCAGGUCCAUGGUUGUGGAAGCAGAGCAGAUGGGAGGGAACUGACCUGUUGGGGUCAAACGGGGUGGGGAUGGAGCCGUUCAGCAUGACUGUGGCUGCACCGCAUGUUUGCUCUGCGAUCUGAAAGAGGGGAGGGACUUCACCUCGUUGGAAAUGGCCGAAGCAGAUGCCAAGCAGCCUGACAGAGAAGCUGCUGUCAAACCAAUGUGCCGCGGCCAAAAGUGAUUUAUUCUUGUAAACCUUCAGAAUAAUUAAGCGCAGCUAUAAAGAGCAACAUAGCACAUCCAAGCAAAACCUAAUGUAUUUUGGUCAAAAAUUCGUCUGGCAUGCUGCGCUGUUAGUGCAAGACUGGACCGAUCAGUACAUCACCGUGGCAACUGGACACAAAACCCUUUUGAUGCCCUCGAUUCCAGUGCAGGUUCAGUAUAAAGAGAGACUUUUAUUCAAACCGUAACAAUUUCCGUGCUGACUGGCAGAGGGCCAUCCUGUUCACAAGGAUAUACACUAGGCCCGAAUUUUACUAACCAUCUAUGCUUCAGCUUAUCCAUCCAUCCAUUGUAUAAACCGCUUAUCCUACUGGGUCGCGGGGGGUCCGGAGCCUAUCCCGGAAAUAAUGGGCACGAGGCAGGGAACAACCCAGGAUGGGGGGCCAGCCCAUCGCAGGGCACACUCACACACCAUUCACUCACACAUGCACACCUACGGGCAAUUUAGUAGCUCCAAUUAGCCUCAGCAUGUUUCUGGACUGUGGGGGGAAACCGGAGUACCCGGAGGAAACCCCACGACGACAUGGGGAGAACAUGCAAACUCCACACACAUGUAACCCAGGCGGAGACUCGAACCCGGGUCCCAGAGGUGUGAGGCAACAGUGCUAACCACUGCACCACCAUGCCGCCCCGCCUCAGCUUAUAUGUGAUGUAAUUCUACCUGUAUCAUCAAAGUCCCUUUUUUAAAUUGCUUAGCACCUGUUACCAAACCACCUUCCAUAGCACCUGUUACCAAACAACCUUCCAUAGCACCUGUUACCAAACCACCUUCCAUAGCACCUACAUCAGGUGCUGGAUGUUGGGAAGUUGGGAUGUUGGGAAGGUUUGCUGCCAAACUCUUCAUCUGAGUGCUGAAAAUGCUUGACUGACAGCUAUCUAUCAGUAGAUGUCACGCUUCGGGUGACCUUUGACUCAAUGACUUUGACUCUGUGGUCCGAAGACUCACUCAUUCGAGCAUUGUGUGUGUCAGGAAUGUGGUUUUCCUGUUUACCACACAUGGCAGAUUAGAUUGAAGUGAUUUCCACGCACAUAAUAAGUCUUUCUGUGUUGUGUUGAUAAGCGAGAAUAUGCAAAUCUAGUUUUAUAAAGUAUAUAUCUUAAAUGAAACACAUAGUGUUAUGAUCUGUUAUAAAAAUGCAGAGUGUUUGUUGUCUUGAUAUGUCGUACAAUAUGUAUAAACAUACAAGUAAGACAGGGAGAUGCUUUUUUAAUA